AUGAAAAAAUUCCAAUUCCCUUACCAGCAGGGCUACAAGCCCAGCGAGAGAACCCUGCCACUCUCGGAAGCUCCAACUGCCACCAGCUCUAUGCGAAACGAAUCCCCCAUAACCUCCCUCGACGCACUGCAUGAGGCUGAGUGGCCGCGCUCGUGGCGUGCUUAUGCAUGCCUGCUAGGUUGCUUCUUUCUCAUGUUCAACUCUUGGGGCCUUGUAAACGCUUAUGGUACUUGGUCUUCAUACUACGUCGGGCACUCCCUACGAGGAGUUGACCAGCUCGAACUGAACUUGGUGGGAUCGACUGAGUCUGCACUUGUACUGUUGUUCUCCAACGUCGUUGGACGACUACUAGAUGCCGGACAUUUCCGCAAGGUGAUUGGAUGCGGCACGUUCCUCGUACCGUUUGGUCUCUUCAUGCUUAGUGUUGUACACCCCAGUGACAUCGAAGGCAUGGCAAGCUUUGGCGCUAUUUGGGCCACUCAGGGCUUUGUUGUUGGCAUCGGCAUGGCAACUUUCUUUGUAUCUAGCUCUCAAGUUGCUUCCACGUGGUUCCCCAAACGCAGAGGACUUGCCGUAGGCUACGUUGCCUGCGGUGCUAGCGUAGCUGGUGUAAUCUACCCCACCAUGCUUCGUUACCUCAUCGACGCUGUUGGUUUCAACGACGCUGUCCGUUAUGUUGCGACUCUCACUUCGGUGACUUGCAUCUUCUCGUUCAUCUUCUGCACUCCAGACCCAGACCACGAGCAUCAUACACCACAGACAUGGUGCAAUAUCAGGACAUGGGUUGACAUGGAAGCUUUCCGUAACAAAUCCUGGUGCUGGUUCACCGCUGGUAUUGCUUUCAUGUUCUUUGGCUUCUAUCCUGUCUUCUUCAAUCUUGAGGAAUGGGCAUCAGUCCGCGGAUUUGGCACUCGUGAACGGGUCAGGUCGCCAAUCGCUCCCAAGAACCCGACCGAUCAACCUUUGCAGACAUUCUGGCUUCUGGUCAUCGUCAACGGUGCCUCAACCGUUGGACGUAUGCUUCUAGCUCAUUUCUCAGACAAAAUUGGUGCCGUCAACAUGCACAUCGGCUCUCAGUUGACCGCUUCCUUGCUGACACUGCUUCUCUGGACACUCGCAGGGUCGGAGACAGCUGCUCUCGCAUUCUGUGUCGUGUUUGGCGUCUUCUCUGGCAUGGUUAUUGGCCUGCCCCCAGCAUCUAUCGGCAAUAUUCUCAACUGCUCUUACACUGCACCGGAUACUAGACACUUUGCAAAGAAGAAACUUGGCCACUGGACCGGCAUGAUGUACACCUUUGCUGCAAUCCCAGCCCUCACCGGUCCCAUUAUUGCUGGACACCUCAUCACCCGUUACCAGACCUACCUCACCGUUCAGUUGUGGUCCGGCACUAAUCUGUUGCUCUCAUGUGCUUGCAUGCUCGUGUCACGCUGGUACCUUCCAUGCAGCAAUGGCCAGCGUGUUGGGCAAAUCCUCAAGCUCAAAUACGGCAAAUCCGAGAUGUCUGAGAAGCGGAAAAGUAGUGAUUCAUCGCCUGAUCCAUUGUCACAGGCCCCAACUCGUGUUCCCAGCAACGCCGUCUCGCGAAAUGCAUCUUCCGAGAGCAUUUGCGACCACCAAGGCCGCAUGGCCUAA